AAUUUACAGUUGCAAAGUCAGCAGCAUGUCGGUGACGUCGUUGUUUAUGUGUUCACAAUAAGUGUUUGACAGAUUUAACUGGAAUUAUUCCUCGAAACUAGAGCUUGGUUGUUUCAUAUCCUAAAAUACGAUGUCACAGAAAGAUCCUUGUCAAAAACAGGCUUGUGCCAUACAGAAAUGUUUACAAGCCAACAAGUACAUUGAAAGUCGUUGUGAGGAUGUGAUUCGAGCCAUGAGGAAGUGUUGUGAAGUCCAUACAGGAGGAAACUCCGUCUGCUGCUCUGGAUUUGCCAAGGAACACGAAUCCAAAGACACAAAGACAUAAAUUCAACAGAAGGCUGUACAGUACUUGUGUAUAUUUGCUGCAAGAGAUCAGUGGAGACUUUCAAGGACAUGUGAAAUAAAAUACAUAUUUAUGAAAGGCUA